AAAUUCACUAAUUAUGUUAUAUUAUUUCGUUUAUGUUAUGUUAAUUAUGUCAUUACUUUUACCAUCUUCUUUGUUCAUCACUACUCUCUAAUUUUCCAUCUCUUCUAAAUCGCUUCCUCAUUUGCAAACAGUGGGUGUCAGAAUCGUUUUUAGUAUUUAAGAUGUUGUCAAAAAUAUCUUAUAGGAUUUGAGAAAUUUUUUAAUUUUAUUAUAUUUUUCGUUUCUAUGACUUCAAAUUUUGAGCAUACUUGUCAAUUCAAAAAGAAUUGAAUCAUUUGCAUUUGAGUCAAAAAAAAUGUAAUGUACAAAGAGAAGCUUCUUGAUUAUUUUAGAAAGAAAAGUACAUACUUCCUACAAACACCGACGACUAAACGAAGGAAAUUCGUUAUGGCUGCAUUUCGUUGUAUAUUCAACAAGUUGUCAUUCGGAGAAGAAGAAAUUAUUUGUGAGUUGACCCUGCGUAUUGAUGAACCUGUUUCACAAGUUGGUUAUCAUACUAGUACCACCAUCAUGUCCAUUUCGGUUAGUCAAAGUUAUGAUCGUACACAUAAACUAAAAUAUAAGAAAACAUCGCCAUUCGUUUAUCACCGAUUAAACGAGGACAACCGAACCAGUCUCCGGUUUCAUUAGCCAUGGCUGGCUGGCUAAUAGGGUCGGUCAGGGGCCCAACGACUCUCUGUAGACCCCAGUUGCCCCCUUCUUCCCAUUCCCCUUUCCUUUAUAUACCAAGAAAAGAAAGAUUCUCUCUCUCAACGGAACACGAGAAAUUGAAACCAAGCAACAAAACCACACACUCGUCUUUCGAUUUCCGCCCCCCGCUUCGUCGUCGUCGCCGCCGCCGCCGUUUUCGCGCCCGAGAAAACAACUCCUCAAAGUUCGCCGGAAAGAUCUGUUCCCUGAUUCCCUCCUUCUCACUCUCUGCAAAGUCAAGUAAGCGCCGCCCAAACUCUGUUUCCAUUUUUAGACUCUUUCUGUCUCCCUUUCCCCCCCACGGUUAGGUUGUGGAACUGAUCGAUUCUCUGAUGGAAAUGAAUCGAUUCUCUCUAUCUCUCGUUUCCCGCUCUGAUUUCAGCUGGUUCUGUUAUCGGUCUCAGCUUUGUUUCCCUCCUUGUUAUAGUUUUACUUGGUUGCUUUUCAUUUUUGAAAAAUUGGAUUAGCUGCUGGGAAUAAGCUUCCGGCAGAAGGAUUAGGGAUGAUCUGUGGAUCCGUUUCUUCUUUACUUUAAGCUCGUUUAUUCGGGGUUCAUUUCUAGAUUUGGUGGAGCUCAAUUGAGCUGAUCGGGGCUCCCGAAACCCGAUUCUGAUUAUAGCUUAAUCAAACAUUCUGCUGAUUUCAAUCAAUAAUUGGAUGAAAUGAUUAUAAAUUAUUAUCGUAAUUACUACCAAAUCUGACAUUAUCUAAUUUAAAAAAAUUCCCUUCUGGAACUUAAUAACAAUUAAGUGCAGUACUUAACUUUCGAUCUGGCUAGUAGCAAGCGUAGAAGCAAAAUAGUGGUUGCUUCCACUUCUAGUAUAGUCCUCCCUGCCGCUUCUGGUUUGCCAGUUGGAGGAGAAGGGGGUAAGGAACUAAUGAGCAGAAAACGUCGUCGUACAGCUAGAAGACCCAGCCAAGACGAAUAGAGGAUUUCGCCUUUUUGCUUUUUUUCCUUCAUUCGUGCACGCGCUUCAAAGUUAAUCUUGAUGAUGAUGAGGUUGGUGGAGAAAAGGAAAGGCAAUUUGAUGGCUGGAAUUGGGGGACGGUGGAGGAUUAGAUGUGGAAUGGGCAGCUCGGCUGGCUGCCCCGCUUUGAUGGCGACCUGCCCACCUCCAUCUUCUGCCCAAAUUUAUCCCAUAUUGUAAUAUAUGUUGGGGUAAACAAUGGAUGGUUGAUGAAGCAAGAAGCAUAACUAGGAUACUUACGUUUAACGUUUUCAACAAAAUGAUCAAAUAUAUACAUGGUGUGACAAGGGAGAUGAAUCGAAUCGAAUGACUAGUCAAUAAACUGUGGAGUAUAUUAAAGGUUGUGGCUUUUUUCCCGUGUAACGUGCUAGGCAGUUGUGCGAGCUAACUUUGCUGAAAUCGGCAAGAUGAUCGAUCAGGAAAAGGGAAGGGAAAUAAUAUAUUUGUCUUGAAAUUAUUUCUCAACCUAUUUAAUGGCAGCAUGUGCGUUCCAGGAAUUUGGUUGUUUUUUUUUUCUAGCAAUGGACGGUGCUGAUGCUAGAUCAGACAUCAGAUAUCAGUGUUCUUUCUUGGAAUUUCUUCGGCAGGACCAAGAAAUGUUAAAACGAAAUAAAAAAAAUAUUCCCCCCCACCUACCAAAGUUUGUAACUUUUAAUUUUUCUUCGACUGUUUAUCAUUAAUACUUACUUUGAUUGGAUGAAAUGUUGCAAUAUGGAAGGUUUUUGUUUAUUAGCUGAAGAGCUUCAACUGGAAACAGAAGAAGGUAGAGUUAAAGUUGAUUCCGUUGUGAUUUAGAGUUGAAAAACUGUAAAACUGAAAUAGUUAAAAGAGAUUGCAUAAUUGAUUGCUAAGAUAGUGGUAACAAUUAUGGCCUUUUGUUUCUUUGACCCAACAUUGCUGUUGCUUUCUGACUUUGUCGAUAUGUCAUAUGUGUAGUGUAUCCCUUGAACCCAAUUAAAAUAAUGAUACCAAAUUGUAAUCAUACCUUUGUUCCAACAUUAGGAAUAACUUAGUUGAAUACUAGAAUGAGAUGGCGAUGUUGUUAUGUAUUAAAUGGAUGGAGCUUCCCCUGGCCAUGGGUCAGGACCCUUGAUGUUGAAGUAUAUGGUCCACUGUUUUCCCCCUCAUCAAUUGUAUUUCUUUAGCCCUUAUGAGGUGUCUAUGUUGAGUGCAGAUUCGAUUUUCACUAUUAAUAGGGCCACCUAACUUUUCUCUCGUGGUUUGAUGAUGUAUCUGCACCUUAUCUUCCUUUAAUUGGUCAUCUUUUAGCUGAAAGCACAUAGCUUAUUUCCUAUAUCGGUGACAUCAGUAUUUGAUAAGAGCGAUCCUACUGUGAUAUCUGAGCCUGACGUUUAAGGCGAGUAUGUUUUGAUUAAUCUGAAUGAAAGCCUUUCAUAUGUUUGGUAUGGCACGGGCCCAGAUAGGAAGUGAUGGAAAAACCUCAGCUUGAUCAUUUGUUUAUGUAUGGUUGAGGCUUUGGUCUUGUGGGUUUUAGUGGACUAUGUACAAUCUCUAGUAGGACUGACGAAACCACAAAACUUCAAUUGGAAUUUGCAGAUAAGAUAUCUGGUUAGUGGAAUAUGGAAGACGAGACGCAAGUCACAUCAGAAGUCCCCAUGGUUAAGGUACCGCCGGCUGAGAGUAAAGCUGAUCUUAUUGAGGUUGCAAAUGGAGUCUUGCCGCAAGCAGAAAAGAAAGAGGAGGACGAAACUGAUGGAGAGUUCAUCAAAGUCGAGAAAGAAUCAUUGGACGUGAAAGACGGAGCUCAUGCACGCGCGGCAGCUUCCUCCGAGGAUGAUAAGCCAUCUAUGACCCGGGAAUCGCUAGAAGCCGAGGAGAAGAUCAAGGAGCUCGAAUUGGAACUCGAGAGAGUAGGCAAGGCACUGAAGAAGUCUGAGUCCGAAAAUUCGGCGGUCAAGGACGUAGUGUUGGUGGCAACAAAGAAGCUCGAGGGGUCCGAAACCCAGUACAAGGAGCUUGAGCUCGAUCACAAGAAGUUGCAGGAGCAGGUCAGUGAAGCUGAGGAGCGAUACGCUUCACAGCUGAAAAGUCUGCAGGAGGCACUCGAAGCACAGGAAUUGAAACACAAGGAAUUGGUCGAGGUUAAAGAAUCAUUCGAUGCUCUUACCUUGGACAUUGACAGCUCGAGGAAGAGAAUCGAGGAGUUGGAGAGCGGGCUCCAGCAAUCUAUUGAUGAUGCAAAGAAGUUCGAGGAGCUGCAUAAGCAGAGUGGCUCUGAUGCCGAGUCUCAUGCACAGAGAGCUUCCGAAUUCGAGAAGCUUCUCUAUGCGGCAAAGCUCAGUGCUAAAGAAAUGGAAGAUCAGAUGGGUUUGCUUAAGGAGGAGGUGACGGGUUUAUAUGCAAAGAUUGCAGAGAACCAGAAAGUGGAAGAAGCUCUUCAGAAUACUGCAACCGAGCUCUCCAAAGUUCAUGAAGAGUUUGCUCUUUCGAAAUCGCAAGUGGUUGACCUGGAACAGAGUCUUGCCUCGAAGGAAGCCGUUCUUAGCAAAUUGACUGAAGAUUUGGAGUCGGCAAAAGUUUCAGAGUCGAAGCUGAAGAAAGAUUUCGCAGCUCUCGAGAAUGUUGUCGCCAUUACUAAAGAAGAUCUUCAGGCAAAGGCUUCCGAGCUAGAAGAACUAGCGAAAAUUUUGAAGGAAAAGAAAGCUCUUGAAGCAACUGUGACAGAACUCGCCAACGAUGCAGCACAUGCAAAGCAGCUUUGCAGUGAUCUUGAAGAAAAGUUGAAGCUUUCUGACGAGAAUUUCUCCAAAACUGAUUCUCUUCUGUCGCAAGCACUGUCGAAUAAUGCAGAGCUCGAAGAGAAGCUGAAAUCACUGGAAGAGCAUCACACUCAAGCUGGAGCUGCUGCAGAGACUGCUACUCAAAAGAAUGUAGAGCUCGAGGACUUGAUUAAAGCUUCGAGUCAAGCAGCAUCUGAGGCCCAGACCCAACUCAGAGAGCUCGAGACGCGGUUCAUUGCAGCUGAGCAGAAGAAUGUGGAGCUCGAUCAACAGCUAAAUUUGAUCGAACUCAAGAACCGCGAUUCUGAGAGGGAAAUCGGAGAGCUUUCGGAGAAAGUGACUGAACUCAGUGGAUGUCUCAAAGAUGCAGAGGAACAAAAGAAAAGCUUGGCAAGUCAGAUUGAGGAAUCUAAAGGAAAGAUCACCAGUCUGGAUACGAGCUUAAGCGAGUCAUCAUCUCGAAACCUAGGGCUCGAAGAUGAGUUGAAGAAAGCCAUCGCGAAAGCUGAGGAUGCUGGGAAGAAGGUCAGUGAGCUGGAGUUAAUGCUCGAAGCAGAGAAGUACAGGAUUCAGGAACUUGAAGAGCAGAUCAGCACAGUAGAGAAGAAAUGCGUUGAGGCAGAAGGCGAUUCAGGUAAGCACAAGCUGAAGAUUUCUGAACUCGCAUCUGAACUCGAGGCAUUCCAAGCGAAAUCAUCCAGCCUUGAAAUGACACUUCAAAUGGCCUCCGAUAAAGAGAAGGAAUUGACGGACAGCGUGAAUCUGGCAGCAGAGGAAAAGAAAAGGCUGGAAGAUGCAUCGAUCAGUGCGAGUGAGAAGCUUAGUGAAGCUGAGAAUCUUGUCGAAGUCUUACGUAACGAGGUAAAUGUUACGCAAGAAAAGUUGCAAAGCAUUGAGAAUGAUCUAAACGCUGCUGGGUUGAAGGAAAGCAACAUAAUGACUAAGCUCAAAGAUGCUGAGGAGCAACUGGCAGAACAAGGGAAGCUGUUGGAUGAAACGUCAGCGAGAAAAUCGGAGCUUGAAUCAUUAACUGAAACAUUGACUAUGAAUUCAGAAUUGAAGCUUCAAGAAGCUAUUGCAAACUUCAGCAGCAAGGAUUCUGAGGUCAAAUCCAUGUUUGAGAAGCUGCAGAAGCUUGAAGAGCAAGUUAAGACAUAUGAGACCCAGUUGGCUGAAGCAACUGAAAGAUCUGCUUCUUUGAAGGAAGAAUUUGAUUCAUGUUUCCUGAAGGUGGCCUCAACAGAAACUGCCAAUGAAGAACUCAAGAGUAAGAUCACGGAAGCAGAAGCACAAGCUUCAAAUGCUAUGUCAGAGAACAACGAGCUGCAGGUCAAGGUUGAGGAACUGAAGAAACAGCUGGAUGCCGCUCUAUCAGAGAAGGAUACCACAACCCAACAACUUGCUUCUCAUAUGACUGCAGUAACUGAGAUAACCGACAAGCAUUCGAGAGCAAUAGAGCUCCAUUCCGCAACUGAGUCUCGGAUGCUGCUAGCAGAGACAAAUUUGCAGGAGGCCACUCAGAAGCUAGCUAAGAAGGAUUUAGAAACGAAAGAUUUGAAUGAGAAGCUCAUUGCUCUUGAAGCUCAGGCGAAGUUCCACGAAGAACAGGCUGCUGAAACGCAUGGAAGCUCACAAGCAACGAAGAUUGAACUAGAGGAAAGUCGAGAGAAGCUGAAGCAUCUACAGGCAGUCUUUGAGGAGCUGCAAGCGAAGUCGGGUCAUUUUGAGAAGGAGAGUGGUGGGCUAGCUGAGGCAAAUUUGAAGCUAGCGGAAGAGUUGGCUUCAUACGAGUCCAAAUUAAGUGAUUUGCAGUCGAAGCUCUCUGCAGCUUUGUCUGAGAAGGAUGAAACUGUGGGAGAGCUUCAGUCUUGUAGGAAAACCAUUGAUGAUCUGUCGCAGCAGCUCUCUGCAGAAGGAGAGAAGUUACAAUCCCAGAUAUCAAAGGUUAUGGAAGAGAAUAGCCAGCUUAAUGAAGUCCACCAUAGUGCAAAGAACGAGCUCCAAUCGAUCAUUGACCAGCUCACGGAUCAACUGAAACAGCAGAAGCAGAAGGAAGAUGCCACAAAGUCAGAGAUGGAAGCUCUCAAUGCAGGAAUUAACGAGAAGUCGACAUUACAGGCCCGUCUCAAGGAGGUUGAGGAACAACUGAUGAAAGCUGAAACUCAACUGAAGGAACAGAGAGGCACCCUUGAAGGUCUAGACGCCAAGAACAAACAAGUCUCGUCUCUGGAGCAGCAAGUGAAAGAUCUUGAACAGAAACUGCAGCUCGCCGCAGCCAAAUCAGUUGAGAAGCAGGGCGAAAACAAGGACGGAGUGGAGAUCAAAUCGAGAGACAUUGGUGGAGCCAGCCCUUCAACUCCAUCAAAAAGGAAGACCAAGAAGAAGCUACAAGGUCAGUCCUCCUCAGCAUCUGCAGAGACCCUUACCACUGCAACGUCGGUUGAAGGUUCAGGAGCCAUGAAUAUCAAGUUGAUCCUGGGAGUUGCCCUCAUAUCCAUCAUCAUUGGUAUAGUUCUUGGCAAGAAAUACUAGAAAAUACCAUUCUUUUUUAUAGGUGUGGCAUCAUUACAGAGUUUCUAUUUGUAUGGUUUCUUUUCCUUUUGGGGGGUUAUCUUUCUUGUUUUACUUUUCAAAUUUAUGCUGGGUUGAUAGCUUCAUUUUAGUUACAAGCCAGGAGGAAGAAGGUUUCUUUCUUAUGUAUUGGUGUUCUUUUUGGUUUAAAUUUGGGCAGGGUUUUGUUUUGUUUUGUUUCCCUUCUAAAGGUUGUUAUCCCUUGUCCGAAUUCCAGAAAAAGCCUAGAUGAAAAAAGUGUGAGGUUUUGA